GACUCCAGUCGGUAGGUGGCGGACGUGCACCGUCAAGUUUGCCGGACGCCGUUUGACUAGACGCUAGAGAUAAAACCAACCUCCAGAAGACUGGGGUGUGCAGAAGUUCUGGGCUGUGGUUUGUGCAGGGUAAAGAUGCAGACGCCAGCAGAGUCGAUCAUCCACAGCGGCUACUUCCACCCAACACUCAGAUACUGGCAGACCUGUGUCGCUGACUUAAGACCUGACAAUCUCAUCUACCCCAUCUUCAUCACAGACAGUGCAGAUGCAGUGGAGCCCAUUGGCAGCCUGCCGGGACAGGCCAGAUAUGGGGUGAACAAGCUGGAGGGAAUGCUGCGGCCACUUGUGGAGAACGGCUUGAAAUGUGUGCUGAUUUUUGGUGUGCCCGCAAAAAUAGCAAAGGAUGAAAGGGGUUCAGGUGCCGACACAGAUGACACCCCGGCCGUGCUGGCAGUGAAGACAAUCAGAUCUUUGUUUCCGGAGUUGCUGGUGGCUUGUGAUGUCUGCUUGUGUCCCUACCCGUCACAUGGACACUGUGGUAUCCUGAACGAUGAUGGUACUCUGAACAAUGAUGCCAGCUGCCAGCGCUUGGCAGAGGUGGCGCUGGCCUACGCCCGGGCUGGCUGUCACAUCAUUGCUCCCUCUGAUAUGAUGGAUGGAAGAGUCAGAGCCAUAAAACAAACACUGAUAUCCAGUGGUUUAGGAAACAAGGUGUCAGUGCUGAGCUACAGUGCAAAGUUUGCUUCUUGUUAUUAUGGUCCUUUCAGAGAUGCUGCACAGUCCAAACCUGCAUUUGGGGACAGACGCUGCUAUCAGCUGCCUCCUGGAGCGAGAGGGCUCGCCAUUCGAGCAGUGGAGCGAGAUGUGAGAGAAGGAGCUGAUAUGCUAAUGGUGAAACCAGGUCUGCCAUAUUUGGACAUUGUGAGAGAAGUCAAGGACAAGUUUCCCACUCACCCCCUGGCCGUGUACAAUGUCUCAGGGGAGUUUGCCAUGAUCUGGCACGGAGCGCAGGCUGGAGCGUUUCACCUGCGGACGGCUGUACUGGAGGCCAUGACCGCCUUCCGCAGGGCAGGCGCUGACAUUAUCAUCACUUACUACACACCUCAGCUGCUCACCUGGCUGAAGGAGUAAAGAUCUGAGGCCAAAGGAUGACGGGACUGACAGACUCCUUUUAAAAUGACAAAUAUGCUGUUGACUGAGUCAUGCUAACCAC